UCUCUUCCACGUCACCUCCUUGUCCUAAAAUAUCCCCGCGCGUCCCACCAACGCGCACUGUCGGAGAAACUUCCAAUCUCCGCCGUCCAUCCUCAUCAACGCCUCAGAUUACCAUCGUCCAUUUCCCCUCUUUCACCGUCCGUCUCUCAUUAUUUGACCUCUGAUUGACAAAAAACAAAUAUCUCUCUCUCUUUCUUUCUUUCUCGUGUUUUUCUCACUUCUUGUCGGAAAACCCCGUCCCUUCUCUCUCUCUCCUCAUCUCACCGCCGGCGUUGCGUCAGAUCGCCGGUGAUUGUUUCUGAGCUGCUAUCGAUUUUUGAUCUCAACACUUAACCGGAGAUAAAAGAGUUUGACUUUUUUUUGGUUCUUAGAUUUAGCUUUUACGUUUCCAUGGCUAUACGAUUAGGUUGGGGGAUAAAAAGAGUAACUUUUGGUUUGUUGUUGUGAAAUUAAGUGACUUUGAAAUAGACAAAUUAGGCGGCUUUGUGGGGGACACUGUACCGAAACCCUAGUUCUUGGUUUGGCCAUGGAAGUAUCAUAGCACUUUCUCUUGUCUGGGUUUUUUAUUUUGUCUUUAAUUUUUGUAUAAACCCCCUUUUCUAAUGUUUUGUUAGUGGAAAAUUAUUAUCUUUGGUUAGAUUUUUUUUUGUGGGGUUAUCUGUAAAUCUGAUCAUGGAUUUGAACGGAGAGUGUAAGGGAGGAGGAGAUGGGUUCAUUGACAGAAGCAGAGUUAGGAUUUUGCUUUGUGACAAUGAUCCCAAUAGCCUGGGAGAGGUUUUCACCCUCCUUUCACAGUGUUCUUAUCAAGUGACGUCAGUAAAAUCAGCAAGGCAGGUGAUUGAUGCACUUAACGCAGAAGGGCCUGAUAUAGAUAUAAUACUGGCGGAGAUUGAUCUCCCAAUGGCCAAGGGUAUGAAGAUGCUGAGGUACAUCACACGUGACAAAGAUCUUCGGAGAAUCCCUGUCAUUAUGAUGUCGAGGCAAGACGAGGUCCCUGUGGUGGUAAAGUGCUUGAAGCUAGGUGCAGCUGACUACCUUGUGAAGCCUCUUCGGACCAACGAGCUUCUCAACUUGUGGACACACAUGUGGAGAAGAAGACGCAUGCUAGGACUUGCUGAGAAGAAUAUGUUGAGCUAUGAGAUUGACCUCGUGGGGUCUGAUCCAAGUGAUCCAAACACAAACAGCACCAACCUCUUCUCUGAUGACACAGAUGACAGAAGUAUUAGGUCCACCAACCCUCAGAGAGGAAGCCAUCAGGAAAAGGAGUGGCCUGUUGCUACUGGUUCCGUUUGUGCUGGCGAUGGUGCUGAUGGCACUGCCACGUCAACUCCUGCCGUUGCUGUUAUAGAGCCUCCACUGAAUCAUCUUCCUGAGCCUCACCAUGAGCCUACGAAAAGAAGCACUAAUCCAGCGCAAUUUUCUUCAGUGCCAAAGAAAAGUAGGUUGAAGAUUGGAGAGUCCUCUGCUUUCUUCACAUAUGUCAAGUCUACUGUCAAUGGAAAUGGCUCAGUUCAUCCAGGUAUGGCUGAGAAGCUUCAAGUGGUGGCAAGUGAGGUGACCAAGAACAACACCAAACAAACAAGAGGAGGUAAAGAGCUCACUGCUCAAGGAGAGAACUCAGUGAAUGGCACGCUUGAGCGGUCACGCACGCUUCCAACACCAGUGGAACUUCACAGUAGUAAGAGUUACCAAGAAGUUCCAAAUUCCCUUGAGCGGUCACGCACGCUUCCACCACCAAUGGAACUUCAUAGUACUAGUAGGAGUUGUUACCAAGGAGCUAUAGAUGAUACCCGGGUCGCUGCUAAGGAUUCAUCAUCUCAAAUUGACGCUUCGAGAUUCGCUGCACAAAAUGCGUAUCCUUACUAUAUGCAUGGGGUCAUGAACCAAGUUAUGAUGCAAUCAGCAGGCAUGAUGCCUCAGUAUGGUCAUCAACAUCCUCAUUGCCCACCUAAUCAUCUGAAUGGAAUGACAGGGUUUCCUUAUUACCACCACCAUCCCAUGAACACGUCGUUACAGCACAGUCAGAUGUCACAGAAUGGUCAGGUGCCUUUACAGAAUGGUCAGAUGCCUAUGGUCCAUCAUCAUCAUCAUCAUUCUUGGCCACAGACACAGAUAGGAAACCACCCGUCUCCUAACGAGGUGAGAGUGACUAAACUUGACAGAAGAGAGGAAGCGUUGCUUAAAUUUAGACGCAAAAGAAACCAAAGGUGUUUUGACAAGAAGAUUAGGUAUGUGAAUAGGAAGCGGCUUGCUGAGAGGAGACCACGUGUUAAGGGUCAGUUUGUUAGGAAAAUGAACGGCGUGAAUGUUGACUUGAACGGGCAGCCUGAGCCUGACUCUGCUGACUAUGAUGACGAGGAUGAGGAGGAUGAAGAGGAAGAGGAGAAUCGGGACUCAUCUCCUCAGGAUGAUGCUCUUGGAACUUGAUAAACAUGGGAGAGAACUGAAAACCGUGUUUGGUUUUAUAUCGAGAAUGAUGCUCUGCUACAGCCAAAACACUGGAUAUGUGUACUUCAUUUGCAAAGGAGAUAAUGUGCUCAGCUUUGGCAGAGCAUUGAAAAUCACUAUGUUUAGUUCGUUGAUAAACAUAAAUGUGCUUUGAUCAUGUUCAGUGAGUUAUGUAUAAACCUUUUCUUCUCCUUCCAGCAAUUUUCUUGAAUUUUAUUUUUCAUGUGUUCUGUUUUAACAUGUAUAACGAUCACCCCAUGGAAAAGACCAUGUGUUCCAUAACUUAAAAGCGUCUAUUUU